AUGGCUUUAGUCUUUAGAAUAGCAAUGCAGUCUAUUGGACUUUUAUUUUCUUUGCUGGGAUGGGUUUUAGCCUGCCUUACAAACUAUCUGCCGCACUGGAAGAACCUCAACCUGGACUUAAAUGAAAUGGAAAAUUGGACCAUGGGACUCUGGAAAACCUGCGUCAUCCAGGAGGAAGUGGGGAGGCAGUGCAAGGACUUUGAUUCCUUCCUGGCUUUGCCGGCUGAACUCAGAAUCUCCCGGAUUUUAAUGUUUCUGUCAAACGGGCUGGGAUUCCUGGGCCUGCUGGUCUCGGGGUUUGGCCUGGACUGUUUGAGAAUUGCAGACAGACAGCAAGAUCUCAAGAAGCGACUGUUAAUCCUGGGAGGAGUUCUGUUCUGGACCUCAGGAGUCACAGCCCUCGUUCCAGUCUCCUGGGUUGCCUACCUGACAGUUCAGGAAUUCUGGGACGAGACCAUCCCAGAGAUUGUUCCCAGGUGGGAGUUUGGGGAAGCCCUCUUUACUGGCUGGUCUGCUGGCUUUUCUCUUCUGCUAGGAGGGUGUCUGCUCUACUGUGCAGCCUGUUCCACCCCAGCCCCUGGAGCUUCUGGCCACUAUGCAGUGGCAGAAAUGCAAGAUCACUGUCAACAACAAGAGAUGAAAAACACCAACCCAAAAGUCUAA